AUGUCCCCCUCUGUGUUGGACGACCGUGCACCUGCGGGUGCUGCUCCUGCUACCACCAAGACUGCCAACGGGAAUGGCACUUCUGCCCCCGCACCAGCGACUUACACCGUGGACUCUAACACUCCCCUUAACACCUCUAUGACUCCCUCCAAAUUCCUUUCACAUCCCCACGACCUGGGGAUUGUCGCAGUCGGCUUUGCUGGCGGUCAGGGCAAGGCUGGGGUUGAUGCCGCGCCCAGUGCGCUGAUUGAGGCCGGUCUCCUCGCUUCGCUCCAUGACGAUCUGGGCUACAACCUGCACGGUCAUGACGCAGUCCACAACUACUCUGACCUCAUCCCGGCCUCUCCUGAGCUGGAUCCUCCUUAUCGCGGUAUGAAGAACCCUCGUGCCGUAUCUGCCGUGACGCGCCGUAUUGCGGAGCAGGUUUACUCCCACGCGCGUGAGGGUCGUAUGGUCCUCACUCUCGGUGGCGACCACAGUAUCGCGAUUGGCACAAUUGCUGGGAGCGCUCAGGCAGUGAAGGAGAGGCUCGGCAAGGAGAUUGCGGUUAUCUGGGUUGAUGCGCAUGCCGAUAUCAACACCCCCGAGAGCAGCCCCAGCGGCAAUAUUCAUGGCAUGCCGCUAGCAUUCCUCACCGGCCUUGCUAAGGAGGACAAGGAGGAGUUCUUCGGCUGGAUCAAGGAGGAGCAGCGUCUGAACAUUAAGAAGCUGGUGUACAUCGGUCUGCGUGAUGUCGACCCCGUGGAGAAGCGGAUCCUGCGCGAGAAUGGUGUCAAGGCCUUUAGCAUGUUUGACGUUGAUCGCUAUGGUAUUGGCCGCGUGAUGGAGAUGGCUCUGGCCCACAUUGGUGCCGACACACCCAUCCACCUAUCCUUCGAUGUCGAUGCCCUUGACCCUAUGUGGGCGCCAUCCACGGGCACUCCUGUCCGCGGCGGCCUGACCCUACGCGAGGGUGACUACAUCUGCGAGUCCGUCCAUCUUACCGGUCAGCUGGUCGCUGUCGACCUGGUUGAAGUCAACCCCAAGUUGGCUCCUGAAACUGACCUUGGCGCCCACGAGACCAUCCGUACCGGUUGCUCUCUGCUGCCGCCCGCCGUGCCCCCCGACGGAGAUCCCAAGCACAACGUCAACGUGCAAGAUUCGAAACAGGCGUGGGAGCAAAGUCACGACUGCGGUCGCACGUUCUCCAACGAACACCACGAUCCUCUCACCGACCCCGCUGUCGCCGACGCUGCUGUCCCCGCCGGUAUUAUGGCGUCGACAGUCACUUCCGGCAGUAGCUCGCUCGUCUACGAGCGCCGGGUAGUCGAGCGCGUUCACAGAUAUCACUGGCCGGCCAUCCAACUCAACUUCUGGAUGCUUAUCAUGCUCGCCGCCUCAUGCCUGAUUAUUGGCGUCUUCGCAACAUUCGUAGAGACCCUGCAUGUUCUCGAGCAGCCAAUACCAUGGUACUACCCUUACUAUAUCACGGUCGCAUGUCUGACGAUAGCUUUCAUCUUUCUCCUUCUGUGGUUGAUUUUCCAGCGGCGCUUGCUUCCCAGCAUCGUCAUGGUGGGCGCGUUUAUCAUAUUUGUCAUGUGGCUGGUCGGCCUAGUUGUCAUUUCCAUCCAGCUCUGGGGACCCAGGAACUCGAUCAGCUCCCGCUGCAACAUCUACGUUUUCGGCCGCGAUCCCAAGCCCAAAGGAGAGUCAGACGUCACCCGCUCAUGGCUACAGCAGAAGUCGGUGUGCCAGAGCUGGCAAGCGGUGUUUGCCUUUGGACUUAUUGGACAGAUAUUUUUGUUUUGGAUCAUGGUGAUGGCUUAUUCAGUUUUUGUGGAUGACGCAUGA